GCCUUCCAGUGCACUGAGUGUCCGAAUUUAUUCAUGCGUUUUCACCCGCUCGUUAAAGUGGACUAUAUUAGUGAACUAAUGUAGGGAGUAGUGAAUGAGGGUAUAGGGGGCGAUUUCGGCCAACAUUUUUACUUAAACGUUGACCGUCAUACUUUAUGUAACUUCCGGCUCCACUUCCGCCUAGGCGUUCACAGUGAGUGAGCCCGUGUGAAAAUGGAAGGAGAUGAAGCUCCUCUGAACAUCCUGGCGGAAAGUAAAGCAGGAUAUAUCUUGAGUAAUGUUGCCGAAGUCGUGGAGAGGAUUUUAACAUUUGUGCCCACUAAAACUCUCUUCAAGAUAGCAAGUGUUUGCAGGCUAUGGAGGAACUGUGCCCGUCGGGUGUUAAAGACACAGCAGAGACUGACCUGGCUCUCAGCCUCUGGCUCAUCCAUAUAUGAAGAACAUGUUUUGCUUAGAGCAAUGGCCGAGGACUUGGAGAAUAUCUAUCUGCUGCCUCAGACAGCUCUCUUAAUGGUGGAUGGGGAAACCUUCAAUGGCCCAGUUAGUUACAGACACAAAAAGGCCAGGAAGUGUGAGGAUGAGGUGCUGUCAGAUCCUGUCAAAAAGCUGAGACACUUGUUGCCUAGCAGUUGUGAUGUACUAGGCGUUGUUGCACCAGGAAUUGUGGUGACCCCUAGUGGUUCACCUAGCAGCCAGCCACAGGAGCAUGAGGACGGUGAAGCCGGCUUCAGUCUGCUGUUCCCUGUAAUGGAUGGGGUCAGCAUUCGGCCUUUUCAUUUCUGCAAAAAGAGCAUUUGUGAAACGGCUAUGGAGGAAGCAGGGUUGAUUAAUAACCCUAAUCUAAAGGUGGUGCUGAUGUUUGAUUACGAAUCCUAUAAACCUGGAGGUGGCCGCUUUCUUAAUAAGCUACUGGAACCGCUUUCCCAAAGUAAUGUACUUAUUGUUGGAGGACAAGUGGAGAGAGUCUUUACCAAUGAUGUAACCUGCUGUUCUCCUGGUUCUUUUGGAGCAGUGGGACUGACUUUCAGUGGCUCCAAGAUCCAGGGUGCCUCAGUACUGGUGGAGCAGGAUGUGAGCAGCCCCAAAGCAGCAGAGGCCUCUAUCCAGCGCCUGAAAGCUGCCAAUAUCCCAGAGAGAAACACCAUGGGCUUUAUGUUUGCCUGCGUAGGGCGGGGGCACAACACUUAUAAUAACCAGCGUAACGUUGAGGCUGACGCCUUCCGCAAGAUCUUCCCUAACGUUCCACUCUUAGGAUUCUUCGGGAACGGAGAGAUCGGCUGCGACCGUAUCAUCAAAGAGAACUACACGUUGAGCGAGAUUGAUGCCGAAGGACUACAGCACUCUUUUACUACAGUCAUGAGCCUGGUGCAUUUUGGCUGAUGUGCACAGACUGUGAUGCACUGUGAGAGACUAGACGAAUCAUAGUUACCUUUUCACGUCAGACUUUGGCCCAACAAGGUUUGAUGGUGAUCAGGUCUAAUUCUAAGGUUCUUUACCUUGACUAACAAUAUGCCACAGUGACAUUUUGCCUUUUUGUUUUACAAGACUCUGUCUUGAAAGAAAAAUAGCUGAUGUGUUCAUGGGAAAUGUCAUAUCAGUUUUAGCAUAAAAAAACAAUAGAAGAGCUUUGAAAGAAAAUCAUCUUGGUCGGUGUAAUUUUGAACGCUCGUUUUAAUGUCUGAAAACCCAGAAGUAUUGUUUUACACCUUGUUUGUGUAGAGUAGAAAGAAUAGAUAUAAAUGACAUAGUGCUAACCCUUGACUAUGACUCUUGUAAAACAGAACAUAUACCUGUAAACUGAUGAGGAGAGUUUUCUGUUGGGCUGUGUGGCUCACUCAGUCCUCGCAUACAAAGAGUUUUUAAAACAACAGGCACUUUUGUUAUAAAAAGCUAACUAUUGGUAUUUUGGUACUGAUAGGCAACUGCUAUCUACACUUCUGGUCCUUCAUUGCUGGUAGAUGCUGGUGCCUAAAUAUGCAUCCCCAGAUUGAUUUCAGAUCCAUUGCUUGGAUUGACAUGUAUUAGUUAGUUGCUGUCCUGUAAACUGUCCAAAAAUAUUGCUGCCACUGUGCUAAAUACAGGACAGAACCUAAUGAAUACUUUUCAUCAAUUAUAAAUCCAAAAUGUUUUUUUGUUGUUGUUCCUAGCAGGGUUUCUCUUCAUGUCUGUGUUCAUCAAUAGAACAGUAGUUUUAUUAAAGCAUUAAGUGCUCAUUUUGUUGAUUUUAGAUGACAAAUGUCAAAGGGACAUAUGCCCUGUUCAAAUACAGUUCGAUUAGACAAGUGUCUUUACCAAAUCAUUUUUUACUGUGUUGUUCAGAUAUACAGUACAUGGCUGUUCAUGGUUUUCUUUGUUUUCUUUUGCCUUUGUUGUAAGGGUAAUAAGCUUUAAAGUAAGCUUUACUGCUGUCGUGUGGCAAUUUUCUACUCAGUAUUGAGUAAUUUGGUUUCAGCUCAUGUUUGCAUUUACGUGAUGUCAUACAUGAAUCACUUGUACAUAAUAAAAUCAAAAGACAGCA